AAGCACUUAGUGUGUCUAAGUUUCUGGUCAGGAUUGAUGACGAAUAUAAGGAAGGUCAUCCAUAUUCAAUAUUCUACAACACAAUACUGCAAUGCCCUAAGGAGAUGAGGACUAUCGACCAUGUAAAACAAAGAUUUUUAGAUGUUGAUAAUAGGAAUUGCCGACAAAAACAUGUAGUUAAACGCUCCUUUGGAGAAAGAUAUGACUCUAGGGUCAAAAGACCCAGAACAGAUGGGUUCAAAACCCGACAUGAUUGUGACUCGAGAGGGUCUGGUGACAAGAAAGUUAAAACUCCAGCUGAGUUGUUUAAAAUGCAGAAAGUUAAUCUGACUGAUCUAUAUUCAAAUGACGAAAUUGUAAAACUUCACAAUAUGACAAAGGAGGAAAAGAUGCAGAAUAGGUGUGGGAAAUGUGGAACUUAUUUUCACAAAAGUUCUGAAUGCAAAUAUAAUAAGAAGUUUUGCUACUGCUGCCACCAAUUUGGGCACAUAGUAAAAGAUUGUUCACUUGAAAAGAAAGGUAAAACAAUGCCACAAGAUUACAAGGAAAUUGUUAUUGAAUGUUAA